AUGGAUACCCCACAAGCUCAAAAUUUACCACGAAUCAUAACAAGGGAGGAAAUGAUAAAAAUGAUGCAAGAACGAAUUAAAAACAACAAACCACGAAAACCGAGAAGAUGCGGAACUAUCAUAGGUGGGGUAUUAGGUACUAAAGCAGGUAAUCCAGCGAUGGGAGCACAAGCAGGUAACGCAAUUGGUGGAAUUGCUGAAGGAAUACUUAAUAAAAUAGGAGGUAGAUAG